AUGAACGAUCUGCCGAAAUUACAAUACAAUGGCCCAGAAGAGCCACUUGACGAAUACUCGGUAAAUGAGUCAGCCCUGUUGUUCGGCCGAAUAUGGUCCGUGUGAACCACCAGGUCCAAGAGCGCCGUAUAAAUCGGAUGCCUUGAGAAAGCGCAAAAGCCAAGGUUGCACGUCCGGAUUCUAUAAUACUAUGAAAUACAACGCGUUUUAACACCUAUGAAUACCAUCUACAGAUAAGACCUCCACCAAGAAUUCUGAUACAAGAAAUCAAAAUAGUAACAGGAUCUCGAGUCGCAGAAUCUGUGACGAAAAAUUUGUUACCACGAUACCAAGUUACUACAAAGACUGUCACUACCAAAAGGUCAAGAUAACUUUAAUCGAUAUCGAUCUCAUUAUCAAUUGAACCUUUGCCGCGAACACAUCAGCCUGAAUUCUUAA